GACUGAGCAUUUUUUGUGUUAAGUAGUGACGGAGUCGUAGGUCUCCUCCGUCGAACGUGGCUCCAGGCUCGAGCAGUGUCAGGAUGCUGUUGUGGGCCGCCACGUGACUCGGCCAAUCCGUGAUCGUUCGAACGAAAGAAACAAAAGAAAGAAAAAGAAACAGAAAAAAAAGAAACCCGGAGAAAACAGCAUUAUUGGUAGCCGAUCUCGAAGUGACGCGAAACGUUAGACCAGGCCGUGACACCGUCGAAGACAGCCGCAGAAGUGUCGUUUGAUUAGUGUGCAAGUGCGGUCAACGGAUUGCGUGCGUGCAUCAUGCUAACGAGCAAGACGUCGUUUACGUUACUGUGCGUCCUGUUGAUUGGACACCAGGCGCAGGCAGUGAUCAACAAAUCGAAGGCGUCCAGCGGCGAGGAGAAGAAGGAGAACGAGUCUAAGGCGGACGAGAGGAUAAGCAACGCGCACGGGCCGCCAUUGAUCGACUACGGCCCGCCAUCUGGGCCGGAGUUCAAAGGGCCAGCGCCAGUAUACGGACCCCCGGAACUAGUUGGCGAUCAAGGACCGACACCCAUCUACCCUCCGCCGCCUCCGGACGUGCCACCGCCAGCCUACGGACCUCCAUUGUCCUCGUACGGGCCUCCGCGGAUCAUCAAACCGCAUUUCGGUCCUCCGAAACAGUCCUACGGACCUCCGUUGUCUCUUCCAUCGAAGUUGAACUUCGGCCCCGUGAAGCUACACUAUGGUCCACCGAAGCAGCACUACGGGCCGCCAUACUCGUUCUCCUUCAGGCCGCCGAAGAACCAGUACGGCCCUCCAUUGAAGUUCACUUCCGCCGUGUCCAACCAGUUCGCGAGCCUCGCGUCUUCGGGCCCGUCGAAGCCGUCGCAUGGUCUCUCGAUUCCGCUGUCUUUGGACACCUACGGACCGCCUCAGAAGCUAGCCGUCCAGUUCAGCUCGCAGCCGAGCGACAACUACGGACCACCAUCGCUGCCUAACAUCCAGUACGGUCCACCUACCGGCGAUCUCUACGUCCCUCCACAAACUGGACCGUUCCCAGGAGUCCCGGCGCCACCCACGCCGCCCGACAUCAAGUACGACGGCUGGCAACCGAUCGCCGGGCUCUCCGGCCAGCACGGGCCGGAGAACUUCGGAGGGUCCUUGGAGAGCUACGGCGCGCCUCUGGAGAACUACGACGCGCCGGACACCGAGCAGAAGACCGUGCAUUCCGCGAGCCUGCACGUGGCUCAGAGCGCGUCGAACACCGACGCCGAACACUCGAACGUGCCGAGCGAUUCUUACGGCGUCCCGAUCCACAAUCCCGAAGCCCAGGACCUGAAGAGCUCGGUCAGCUCCGGCAGCAGCGACAGCAACGGCCUGCCGCCGCCGCCGUUGCCGCAGUACGAGCCUCUGCACAAUCAGCAAACGCACGCGAAGGAGGAGCAUCAUCAUCAUCAUCAUCAUCAUCAUCCUCAGGUACCGAGCGUGGAGCCGCUGUCCAUCGUGAAGACCGUCGGCUUCGAGCUGCUGCCCACGUCCGCUUCCCUGACCUCGGAUCAUCACGGGGGCCCGCUGCCGGCCCAAAAGCUGCCGCUCGUCGACGCCGGUGCUCAGCUGAACCUCGAACAUGCUCACAGCUUCCAGAACAUCGGGAACGAUCUGUCGCAAGCGUCGCUAUCCGGCGGCUACGGCGCCCCGUUGCCGGGCCCGCAUUUCGGGAACCUGAACUCCAUCGAGUCCGGAUUACCUCUGCCACCUCCGCCGCUGCUCGACACCUACGCCGCACCCCCGGCGUCCUCUUACUCCCCUAACGGGCCGUACCCGGCCGCCGAGUCAGGUCGAUCCUCGCCUUUGUUCUCGUCGUUCGCGCUCCAGAGCGGCUCGCUCUACAAACAGAAUGUUCAUCACCAUCGUCCUCACGGGUCAUACAGGCCGCCCCUCUCGCCGCCCGGCUCGCUGAUACCGCCCCGGAACCGGGAGCCAAUUAAAUUCAAGGAAGCCGUUCCCAGCGGACUUUUAACGAGCCUGAAUCGUUACUUACCGGCGCCGCCGUCCCGGCAUUACGGCUUCACCAAGGCAACGAAAUCUUACGUGCCGGCGUUCUCGUUCGAGCAGCAAUUACCCAGCCCCGGUGUCCCGUUAGCUUUCAACAACAAGCUGGCCGGCGGCGCUGACUUCGUCUCGCCGAUCGCGGCGCCCAACGCGCACUACGGCACCCCGUUGUCGUUCGGCGACUUCAACACGCCCGCGCCGGUCCCGACCUACGGCGCGCCGAACUUCGGACCUGCCUCCACCUUCGUGUCGACGUCCACCGGCUUCGGGAAGAGCCUCUACGACGGCGUGAACAACGCCAUCACCACUACAUAUGGAACGCCUGUAGGGAACGUCGCGCAGGUCGCUGGUCACGACUGCAGGUUCCAGCAGGGCGCCGGUUCUCAAUACAGCGCGCCGGACACCGGGCUCCAGAGCUUCGGCUCCUCCUUUAACGGUCACACCUCCGAUCUGUCCAAUAGCGUUCUCCUGAAGGUGGAGCCCCUGCAGCACCCCGCCGGCGUCUCCCAGUCGAUCAGCCAGCUCAGUCUGGAGCCUCAUCAGAAACCGGGAGACAAGGACAGCUACGGGAAUCCCGUGAGCGUUGGCUACGUGGACAACGUCCUUUCCAGCGACCACAGCCAGGCGGCUGAAGUAGCCAACGUGAUCGCUGCCCCUCCAGCCAGUCAUGUCUCCGACGAGUAUCAUCUGCAGGAUGGGAUCAGGGCCGAGGCGCUGACCAGCAGCUUGACGGAGCAAGCUUUCGGCCAGUCGAAGCACGCGACCGCCGGCGAGGUGGAUGCUAGUCAAUUUCUAAAUACCCACGAAGGCAGCGAAGCUCUGUCCCUGGCGAAGGGUCUGACUAUCGCCAGCGGAGCGGACGGCUUCGAGAUCCAGGGCUCCAAGGGCACCUACAUGCUUCAGAUCCAGCCGGCAGACGGCGGCCUCGGCACCGAGAACUCGGACGGCAGCAUCAGACACGACCAAGUCCUGUCCAAUGGACUCUUGCAGGACAUUCUGGCGGCCAUUGAACAGCCCGCUGCAGGCCCGGUGCAGCUCGAAGGUCUUCCUGAAACGCAAUCGUUGCAGCACGUGUACAGCAAUCUGCUGAACGCCGAUGUGCCGAAGGGUCGCUAUAUCACCGUGGACGAUGCCACGAAGAACGUCCAGGAGCUGAUUGACCGCGCGAACGACAGGAGCGAGGGCCAGCCGAACGAGGAUCGGUCGAAGGAGGCUGUCGCUUUCUUCUUCAACAAUCAGUUCGGCGACUCGAAGAAGGAGACGAGGUCGGUUGUGAAAAGUGAGACUGUUGCCGCUUCCGUCGACUCGGGCGCCGGGAAAAGUGCCGACGAGAAGAAGAUGAAGAAGUCCUCUUAGGAGAGGAGGCUUCGAGACUUUAUCGAUGGUAAUUUAUGAAAGACUCUCGUACGAUGGUUUUAUCAACGAGCUCGGCUUUCGAGCUCGAAGAUCACGGUUUCUGGUCGGUGUGCAGGCCCGUUCGCUGGACCCUCUUCAGCUCCUAUUUAUUCGCUUUCGCCGCGUUUUGCCUCGGCUCGCGCGUUGCUCGCGCAAUCUUCGCGCCGCUUUCAUCGAGGCGUUUCGAAGAUGAGAGGAGCAAGAACGUGGCAGAAAUCUGUAGCUUCGAGAUCAUUUUCGUGUUAACGCACGUUGAAUAUCUGGCGGGUCGCUGUUACGGAUCGUCGUCGCGUUCGAUCAUGUUUCAGCCGAGGCCGUGGCACUGGAACGAUUCGAAUUCGAAACGGCAUUUUUUUAUUUAUCGAGUUUAUUUAUCGCCGCGAACCGAUCUGCACGCCGACCGAUGGCGGUGUUGUUUAAGUGUUUCAAGCUAACGUUUCAAGGAAUCCUCGAUCCGCCUAAUUGCCGGAACGUGAUAACCACUUUUAAGGCGCCGAAGUACGCCGAGAAAUGCCGCUCUCCGUUGGAGCUCGGCUAGUCUGUUAAUUAUCUCCGAUUGCGAGGCAAAACGGCCGCUUCCCGGAGCGACCGUCUCGUCUCGAGGAAAGUGUCACCUAGAGCGAAUAAUGCUCGCCGCGUGCCGCGCGCGACCGGAUUUCUCGUUUAGACGGGCAGCCGCGUCCGAUCCGCGAGGCGCUUCUUAUCGGGACCUAAUUGCAACCGGAGCAUCAAAAGAGUCCUCGAGUGCUGUUCAACCGGCGCCGGAACGCGCGGCGUGCCGAGUCUCUUUCGUUCGUUCCGAGGACUCUUCAGCAUCGCGGAAAUUAGCGGAACAGCGUCGGAAUCAUCGUCGUUCGCUGAUCGUUCAGCAAUCGCGUUGCCGCAGCUUGCGAAGUUCUCGCGCGGGAUAACCGAGCUCGCGAGCUCUCGUCGCGGAAACUUCGGAAUUUCUGUUAGGCGACUCUGCGGCGGUGGACGAUCUUCCGGAAAACAUGAUCGAUAUGGGACACGAAAAGAGAUUCUAUCGUUUUUUAGACAUAUCUUGGUUUAAAAUUUUAACAAAUUUUAAUAACUGGCGAUUUUUAAAAGCUUUAUUGUUAGCGAUAGACCGAGGAGUUUAUGCGUUUACGAUAAAAAUUUGGAGGAGGAAAGAUUGAAAGGCUGUCAGACCUAUUGACACUCGAACGGGGUGGAACUUUUUUGACAAACGUGUGAGAAAGUAUGUUUAGGUUUAUUACGUAUAAUUUGAUUUAUCAAUUUAUUUAAUAUCUUUUUUAACGUACUCAGUCUUAUAUAGAUUUUAUUUUUAUUAGUAUAGACUUUAAUUGGACACGCGAACAUUUGAAUUAAAUUUGUUUGUGAAUCAAAUUUUAACUAAA